GCGGGCGGGGUCGCGCGAGCUUCCCCGGGGCCGAGCCGGGACCCGCCCUCUACGAGUAGCUGCCAGACGUGGCUCCACCCUCGCAGAACGUUGGCAAGUCAUCCUGCUGCAGGGCUGGGAGUGGGGGCGGGGAGAAGGGCGUGGCGGGCACGAGCCAAUGGGCGAGGCUGGGGCCGGGCGACGCCACGGCCAAUCGCCCGGCAGCGCGGGAGUUUCAAGUCUCCGUCUCCGCCCCGCCGCGGGGGGAGACUGCGCCUAUAAAGGCGGCCGGCUCGGGCCCGGGUCAGUUCCCCGUGUGCUCGUCGUCCGGUGGUCUACCGUCUCCGCCAUGGCCCGUACGAAGCAGACCGCCCGCAAGUCCACCGGCGGCAAGGCCCCGCGCAAGCAGCUGGCCACCAAGGCGGCCCGUAAGAGCGCCCCGGCCACGGGCGGCGUGAAGAAGCCGCACCGCUACCGGCCCGGCACCGUGGCGCUGCGCGAGAUCCGGCGCUACCAGAAGUCGACCGAGCUGCUGAUCCGCAAGCUGCCGUUCCAGCGCCUGGUGCGCGAGAUCGCGCAGGACUUCAAGACGGACCUGCGCUUCCAGAGCUCGGCCGUCAUGGCGCUGCAGGAGGCGAGCGAGGCCUACCUGGUGGGGCUGUUCGAGGACACCAACCUGUGCGCCAUCCACGCCAAGCGCGUCACCAUCAUGCCCAAGGACAUCCAGCUGGCCCGCCGCAUCCGUGGGGAGCGCGCCUGAGCGUUCCAUCUCCCUUCCCUCCCCCACAAAGGCUCUUUUCAGAGCCAACACGAGUUCCCGGAAAGAGCUGCUCAACUAUUGGUCCUUUUGUUGUCUAUUAACUUUGUUUCUGGGAAACUUGGCUGUAGAAUGGCGGUUGUAAUUGUAAGUUACUGAAUUUUGAGUUUUCUUUUUUUGAGAACCUCCCUAAUUGUAUGAGGCAAAGUGUCACAAGCCUUCGAAGGCUACUUAGAUUCCCCUUUGGAAUUUAAUGUAUAUUGCUAACAUGCUUUACUCUUUGCUCUUGCAACAAUCAGUUGUUCACAGCCACGUUAGGGUUUGGUAUUUUGUCUUGGUAGCUCCUCAUGCUCACCAUUGCAUUACAGCAUUCAAGUUUUCGCAUUGUCUGGGGAGUUAUUCAGCUCAGAUUUAAUUACUAGGAUGAUGGUAUGCAAGGUGUGUUUGGAUGUAAGAGAGGUAAACCACAAGUAAAAGGUUCACCUACAAACAGCUUUCCCUUUGUUCCAUUCUAAUUGCCCUAAUUAUCUCGUCCUCCAUGUCCUCCCAGCUUGAGUGCUGCACACACCAGUAUUUCUAACAGGUCUUGCAGUAGUGAUAUGUCAGAUUCUUGCUUCCAUACCAUUAUAUACCAUAUCCUUCAUAAACUUCUUUUCCUUUCAGAUUAUCCACUUUACUAAUAACUUUCCUUUCCCCCUCUCAUCUAUUAGAAGACCCUUGUCCUUUGCUCAAAACUCACAAGACACCAGAUUUUAAAUACUUUUGUAUAACUGCUAUUCAUCUGUCCACACUUGCCUGAGUUGACACCUCAGCAACCCUGCUCUAAGAUCGCAUGUUCCGAAAGGUUCCUCACUGUCACUAAGGUAACCUAGGAGGAGAAUCUUGAAAAUUCAUUUAAGUUUUUAAAAUUUUAGAUUUAUAUGUAUGAGUGCUUUUUGCCUGUACUUAUGUAUGUAUGUAAGUACGUACGUACGUGUAUUAUAUGGCUACCUGGUGCCUGAAGAGGCCAAAAGAGGCUGAUGGAUCCCCUGGAACUGGAGUUAUAGAUGCCAUGUGGGCGAUGCGAAUUGAACCCUGGUCCUUAACAAAGAUGCUUUUUGCUAAACCAUCUUUUUAGCCACAGUAUUCUUUAAUCCCAAUAAAAACUUAACACAG